AUGUUUUUCAAGCCUCUAGAUCUUACCACUGCACUGAGGCCCUUACUGUUACCUGACGAGACCCUUCUCUUUGUCCAGGAUGCGGUCGGGUUGUAUGAAGGGAAAUACAAGAUCCCCAACUACCAGGAUGGCCAAGCCUACUUAACCUCACAUAGAGUGUGUUAUGUUGCUACAGAGGAACCCCGAAAGUACUCAGUUGGGAUAGAACUCAAGGAGAUUGACCGUGCCGAGCACCAGGCAGGUUUUUGGAAGUCGUCACCUAAGAUCACUAUUUUUCCGAAGCCUCAGAAAGGCAAGGUUGAUAAGGCACGAAGUGAGACCGCCAGUCCGGCCGCUUCACAAACAGCCAGUCUUUAUCCAGGCAAAUCGCUUUCUCCUCUCCCACAGGCAACCAGCUCUCCUUCCCCUAAGCCGGUCAAUGUGCCUUGGAUCUGUCCCAUAUGCUCAUUCUCAAACCCUGUUCCGUCCAACUUUGAUGUGGCUGCGCCAGCUGCAUCAACGCAUGUGCCACCGUGUCUAGCGUGCGGCAUCAAACCCCCGUUCGCCACCGUAUUGAAGGCCGCGAUUAGUGCUGCUACAAGUGCAGACUCCUCCUUUCCCAAAUCGAGUCCAUUGCUCGCAGAAGCUCAGGCGCCAAGGCCACACGAUGACCAGCCGGGUACUAGUACCUUGAAUGGGUCUAUAUCAUGCCCUCGGUGUACCUUCGUCAACCACCCAUCUUUGGUGGAAUGUGAGAUGUGCGGGGGUCCACUCAAAGUCGGCGCUCAUUUUGGAGCAAGAAAUCGCGCAGAUUCUCCGGCACCUUUCUACGAGCAAACACACAUAGCAAAUACUGAAAUCAGCGAGUGUAUCAAGUUAUCCUUUCGUGAUGGGGGCGACAAAACAUUUCUAGAACGACUCAAGGGGGCUUUGAUUCAAAGAAAAUGGCUGUUGUUGCAUGCGCCUCCGCCACCACCUCCACAAUCCACAACCCCCACGCCUAAUUCAACAAAUGAGGAGAGCCUACAGCCUGCACCACGAGCAACGGCCGUGGGGAUAGCAGGAUUAGAGCAGCGGGGAUUGGAAACUCGAUUGAAUAACCAGCUUGUCAUUGGGAAUGCUUUUGAAGAUCUCGAAGCACUCAUGGCCUCAGCCAAGCAAAUUGUUGCCUUGGCUGACACCCUAGCUCGAGAGUCGGGCAUGUCCGCCAAUGAUGGCUCUGCGGAGACUCAAGCAGUAUUAUCGGAAUCAGCGGCAGCACUGGGUAUGGUCACUACCAAGGAUAUGCUCCGUUCGGGCUCAGCAAACCUAUACCUCUCCGAAUUGUCGCGGAACCUAGCCGAGUAUCUUACAGAUGACCGCAAAGGGAUUCUACAUCGGGAAGGGGGAAUCAUGAGUCUGAUCGAUCUCUGGGCCGUGUUCAACCGGUCUCGAAAUGGCGUUGAGCUGGUCAGCCCCUCGGACUUCCAACGAGCGGCAGAGCUCUGGGAGAAGCUGAAGUUACCGGUGCGUUUACGCCGAUUUAAGAGCGGGCUCUUAGUGGUUCAGCGCUACGACUGGAGUGACGAUAAAACAGUACGUCAACUACUCGAAUGGAUGGAGGACCUGCGGCAAGUUCCCCCAGAGGAACCAGUCCCAUGGGAUUGGAUGCUUUUCGGUCGGCCAGUCACGGCCCAAGAGGUAGCCCAGCGAUUCCAAUGGAGUGUGGGUGUAGCGACCGAGGAGUUAGAAAUGGCCGAGGACCGCGGGGCUCUGUGCCGAGAAGAAGGUAUCGAGGGGCAGCGCUUCUGGCGAAACCAUUUUCUUACCCCAGAAGAUCAACUAGGAGAGACUCCACGAUCAUACGAGCUACGGCCACCAAUGGUCGAUAGCGUAAGCAAUUAA